UGCUAGACUGCUAACUACCUUAGUCACUUGGUUUUGAUCAUCAUUGAUCUUGCUCCAAACCACUAGUCAAUGAUCCAUGGUCCAGAACUCGAGCAGGUGGUCUGAAAUCUUUGGCAACCGCAUGGCCAGCCGGCCUCGUGCUUCGUACCAAGAACCGGGUGGGGAGUUGUCCACACCCACCUAUUCUCCUCCCCGACCCACGUUCCGUCGCCGCUGUCUCCAUGCGCCCACCUCAGUGGUUCCCUCCGUAUGCACCUACUCUUUCCGGUAUGUCGAGAGUUUCUUUUUUCCCAUGGUUACCAUUUGUCUUCUCACAUGCAAGAGUGCAACGCACAACUCUAUUGAAGGUGUUGAACCAGGCACUUUCGAAUGGCUACUUUCCCAGCGACUGAGUAGCACCCUUCGUACGUGCAUGCGUGCCCCUCUUUCUGCAUAUCUGAUGGUUUGUCGAACUGCAGUGGAACCCUCUUCCCAUGCCCGCGCUCUGAGGCUGGGGGAGGAGAGGCAGGAAAAGGUAAGGAAUAUGUGGAUGGAUCUUAGGCUGCAUGUGGUCACACUCUAGCCGUGUGAGAUGGGAAAUAAUUCCCCUGUCGCUCAGUUCUCCAUUAUUUACUCCAUGGUUCUUUUUUACCUUAGGCCGAAUCGCCUUGCCGACCAGCCCAUCCCAUCACUAAGGGUCAAGCAAACUCUAAAGUUCAAGCUAGUCCCGAGAUAUGCUGAGCUGUACCUAUCAUAUUGAUCCUCCUUGCGAUCGUCCUAGCUUUUUGCCCUGUUUCUUUUUCCUGCUUCUUCUGGUUUGGAUGCUUCAGGUGCAGCUAAAGCAGCCACCGACCGCCCUCCCAGGU